GGAGGAGCUGCGCCAAAGUAUCGCAUGACGCUGGCACUGCCAGUCGGUGCAGUCAUGAACUGCGUCGACAACAGCGGCGGCAAGAACCUCUACAUCAUCGCAGUCACCCGUUUCGGAGCCAAGCUCAACCGUCUACCGGCUGCUGCAGCUGGUGACAUGGUCCUCGCGACAGUGAAGAAGGGCAAGCCCGAGUUGCGCAAAAAGGUGCAUCAAGCGAUCGUGGUCAGACAACGCAAAGCAUGGCGCCGAAAGGACGGCGUCUUCAUCCGAUUCGAGGAUAACGCAGGUGUCAUCUGCAACCCUAAGGGAGAAAUGAAGGGAUCCUCAAUCGCAGGACCCUGCGCAAAGGAAGCAUGCGAUCGCUGGCCACGUAUAGCCUCGAACGCAAACGCCGUCAUCUGAGACGACCUUGCGCUCACUCUCUUUUGUGACUGUGACAACAGCAGCAGAAUGCAUCUGGCCCAGCCAUAUUCAUGCUAUUGACCAACGGCUG